AUGGACCCAAGAACUAUCCAGCAAGCUCUUGGUCGUUACGCGUAUGAUUUCCGGGACCAAUCAACCCCAUCGGUUACGAAGCGAACGUCGGGGAAUACUGCCGAGUCUGCAACCUCAAUAUUGACAUCCAACGACAACGCCGCACACGUACAGGACAAGAAAGUCAGUCUCGAAGCCGAUAUCGCAGUCUCUCCUCGGAAAGCACUAUACGUAAAUACUCGCGGAAGAGAUGCAGUGAUCCCGAAAGGUAAUUAA